GUCUGGGGAUGCCGCAAGGGGAGGGUUCUCACACCGCACGGGGCGGAGCCCCGGGAGUCGGGGCCGGACGUGGAACAGAGACGGGUGGGACCUCGGAGCUGGUACCUGUGGAAGGCGGGACUCUGGGGCUGGAGGCGGAGCUAGGACUGGUGGGGGGCGGAGCCUGGACCUUGGAGGAGGAGCUGGAACAGGCAGAAGGCGGAGCCUCGGGUUUGGAGACCAAGGGGGACGAAGCCCAGGUGCUGGGGGCGGGGCUUAAGCCGGUGAGUGGCGUGGCUACAGUUAAGGAAAAGAGAUCUAGUUCUGUCGAGGGUGGGGCUCCGGGGCUGGGGGCGGAACUACGCCCUCUAAAGGGUGGAUCCAAGGAGCCAGGCGCAGGGGUAGGACCAGGUAAUGGCCCCGGGCGUCCACGCGGGGGCGGUCUCCGUGGUGGCCGAGCCUGGGAGCGUGGUAGGCCGAGAACUCCCCCGGGAGAGGUGGUGUGGGUGGAGCGGACUCGGCGGUCACCCGAUACGGGGCCAGUCUGGGUACCCCGCAGACCCCCGAGGGCUCAGAGCUGGGGCGGCGCCCCAGGUGGAGGCACAGGGCCUGCCUGGGGGGUAUCCCCAGAGGACCGGGGCUCCCCGGAGCCACCCAGCGGCGAUGUGUGGGUGCCUCGGGGCCGGCCCCCUGCGGCGGCGGCAGAGGUGUGGGUGUGCUGGGCGGGGGGCAACUGGGUGUGGCGUGAGUGGUGUCGCCCCGUCCGCGCAACUGCUGUGCAACCAGAUAGGGUCUGGACUUUGCGUAAAGGGACGGGUGGGAAUUGAAGAUCCGAGCUGGGGAC